AUGUCAUCCGGCAGCCAGAAGUCGACUGUACAAUGUGCCGUGUGCAAAAAGGUGAAGACUGGAAAGAUGGUGCAAUGCGACGCAUGUGACCAAUGGAGUCAUUUUGCAUGCGUGGGCGUGGAUGACAGCAUUGCAGACCUGCCUUGGAGUUGCGAAAAAUGCAACACGGUAAUGCAGGUUUCAGAAGCGGUUCCGAAUAAGGCACCAAGUGAGGAGGACUUGGUAAGUAAGGGCGGUUCAAUCAUGUCAAGAAACAGCAUGAGAAUCGAACUGCAGUACUUAGAAGAGCAAAGAAAAGCCGAAAUGAAAUAUAUAGAAAAGAAACGUACAAUAAUGCUGAAGUAUGUAGGUGAGGAUGAUGUUAAGGGUGAAGGCAUGAGUGAGGUAAGGACACAUAGGACGUUAGAAUGGGUGAAGAAGCAGGUUGGUAUGAACAACGAUGACAGCAAGCCAAACGUAGGUUGUGGUGUUCAGUUGGGUGGUUCAGCUGAUAGGGUGGAAGCCCAAGCAGUAUCGAAAGUUAUACCGGCGCUGAUGAUAGAACAAAUUAAUGCGCGUCAUGUCGUUCCACGAGAUUUGCCUAUAUUUACCGGAAAGCCGGAAGAGUGGCCACUUUUCUACAGCAGUUUCAGCAAUUCAACACGUUUAUGCGGUUUCAGUGAAGACGAGAAUCUUUUACGAUUGCAACGUGCCCUUAAGGGUAAGGCACUUGAAUAUGUCAGCAGUAGGCUCAUGAUACCAGCAUUAGUGCCGGAAAUAAUGUCAACUCUUCAAAUGGUAUUUGGAAGACCAGAACACAUAAUCAAUAACUUAAUUACUGAAAUUCGAGCAGUGUACAUUAAUAUAAAUAAAUUGGACACAAUUGUUACGUUCGCCUUAGAGGUAAAAAAUUUGAUCGCAACUAUGGAGGCUUCAGAGUUACAUUCACACUUAGUGAACCCGUUGCUUAUCCAAGAGCUUGUAGAAAAACUACCACCGCAAAUGCGAUUGCAGUGGGCUGUUGCAUCGCGUAAUAUCAAUGUAACACUUAAAACAUUCGGCAACUGGAUAUAUGAACUAGCAGAAGCAGCAAGUAAUGUAUCGCCCGUUUUUAGUGCUGGAGCCAGUGUAGAUAAUGAAAGGCGCAAAGCGCAACGCAUUAAUUUUCACGAAGAAGAACCUCAGGGUGCAGUAGGCGAUAAGCACAAAAUUCUAGCAUGCUUUUAUUGCAAGGAGGCACAUGCGUUGAAAAAGUGUGCAAAGUUUAAAACACUAAAAACAGACGCGAGGUGGAACGUAGUGCGUGAAAUGAGACUAUGUGGAAGAUGUCUACUGCAGCAUGAUUUUCGAACGUGCAAGAGGACCCGAGAGUGCGGUAUACACAAUUGCAACAUGAAACAUCACCCAUUGCUACAUAAACAAACAAGUUCAACUGCAAGUGGGGCAAAUGAAACGUUGGCGGUUCAUCAUCAACUAACUUCACAAGCGCUGUACAGAAUUGUUCCAGUUACAAUAUAUGGAAAUGGUGUUACCUGCAACAUUUAUGCCUUUCUGGAUGACGGAUCUGGUCCAACGUUAAUAGAAAAAGACGUAUUAAGACAACUGCGGAUUAAAGGUGAAACGAAAGAUCUUUGUUUACGAUGGACAGAUGGUACGGUACGCAAGGAACCUGAUUCUGAGCUGGUCAACCUGCAAGUCUCCAAAAUACGCGAAGGUAAAAGGUAUUUGUUGUGCAAUGUGCGUUCAGUAGCUAAGCUGGAGCUACCCGAGCAAUCUUUAAAUAUGACAGAACUUACCGAUAAGUAUAAACACUUAAAGGGACUACCAGUAGAAUCGUAUCAAAACGUUAGGCCUCGAAUGAUAAUCGGCCUAAGCAAUAAAGAGGUAGCUAUGCCAAUGAAGUUCAGAGAGGGAGGCAAGAAUGAGCCAGCUGCAACGAAAACUCGACUCGGGUGGACCAUAUAUGGGAUAAUUAAGCACGAACCUAAUACUAUUAGGGAAACGUUAAAUUUACACAUCUGUGAAUGCGAUGAUGAUCUAAGUUUGCAGCGUUUAGUGAAAGAUUUUGUCAGUAAUGAAAACGUUAUUGAAGGUAAGAAAAAACUAGAAAAUAUGGAGUUGGAACAACAAAAAAGUAUGCAAUCAAAAAUAAGUCGAAAUGGUGAAUACUUUGUAGCAAGAUUGCUUUGGAAAUCAAAUAACAUUACUAUGCCGGAUAAUUACUUAAUGGCGUUGCGUAGACUUCAGUGCUUUGAGCGCAAGCUGCAAUCCAAUGUAACAUUGCAAAGCUGGGUAUGUGAUCACAUCGAUGACAUGAAGGCGAAAGGUUAUAUACGCCAGCUGAAACCUAACGAAGCCGAGGGGUAUUAUCCACGUAAAUGGUACUUACCGAAGUUUACAGUCAGUAAUCCGAAUAAACCACAAAAGCAAAGACUAGUGUGGGAUGCAGCUGCACAAUAUGACGGAGUCUCGUUAAAUGCGUGUUUGGAGAAAGGUCCAGAUCUGCUCACUUCGUUGGUAGAUGUUCUUGUUAAUUUCAGAAUCGGAAAAAUUGAAUCGAACAAAGGACUGAAUUAA